UGAGAGGAGAAACAAACCAAACAAGCCACAUUAGUGGGGGAUUUUUGAGCUUCACCACUUAAACCCUGCGCAUCUUAUCCUUCGUCCUUGUAGCUCAAUCCAUGGCGUCCUGGUUCGAACCCAUCAUCUGAAUUACCCUUUUCUUCAAAAAGCUUUCAUCUUUCUCACAAAUGUCGUCUACGUAUCCCACCCACUUCUUUACUGCUUCCACUCCCCGUCGACCUUCCUCUGAAAUGUCUCUUGGAACCCAUUCUCCUUUUCUUUCCAAAUUCGAGGGAUUGUCAUGGUAUACAAAGACAAAUGGCUGCAUUUUAAGUUUUAAACCAAAUGGGCAAUUUCAGAAUGCUAGGUCGAAUCUCCUGUCAAAAAUAAAGGUGACUGCAGGACACUCCGGUGACCCUGAAAAGUUAAAUUUGGAUGCUAUAAUUGAGAAGGCAAGAACAUUGUGGGAUAGUUCUCCUCAGCCAGUCAAGAGCUUCCCUUGGAACAGAACAUUGGAGAAUUUUAUUCAACUUAUCCUUGAUCUUACUUUGGCAGUCAUCAAAUACUUAUGUGCACCAUUGCUGGCUGUUUCCUCACUCAGUGAGAUGUCCUACUGUGCGAAUGAAAAGAAAUUAUUCCUUGUCCCAAUUCCACUACUUAUUGGCAUUGUUGUUGCUGGGCUUCUAAAAGAUGCUGCCUUGGAGCUAUCUCCAGUUCUCAAGGAUGCAGAAGUUGCCUGGCAUCUGAUUGCAAUUGCGAUUUUCUUCACAUUGCUUAAAUUGCCAGGCCCAUAUUACCCAUAUUGGGGCCGCAUUUUCAUUCCACACUUUGCAAAUGGGGGAUUAUUGAGGACUCUGUGGUCUGUGUUUUUGUGGUAUAGAAGGCCCCGUGAAACCCUUCUUCAGCGGAAAUCUUUAAAUGGCAGUGGUUCUGUGCCAAACACACCCUAACUUUAUUGGGACAUCCCUUGCAGCAGACUGUGGAUCACAUUUAUAGUGGGUGGAACUGUGGAAGAUGAUUGUGUUAAAACUUCUAUAAUGGUUCAUUGUAUGGAUAAUCCAACUGAUACAGGCCGAGUGACUGAGCUUGAGAUGAUGGAGGGAGAAGAGUAUAAUUAUAGAUUUAAGAUUUCCAUCUCAUAUGGGCUAGCUAAGCGAGACGUGCCUGUCACAGAAAAUAUUCUUUUAUUUCCUUUUCUAUUUCAAUAUGGCCUUCCAUGUUCCUGUGAAUGGGUUCGUUUUCUCAAGCCGUUUUCAUUGUGUAGCACACGGAUGUCCGUGCUCAAAACCUUUCUCUAUUACAAAUAUAUUUUUCACAUUUCCUUUUUUGAAAA